AUGCGACGCGAGCCCGCGGCCGGUGCAGACAUGUUGGAGCGGUGGGCGAGAAGAGGUCCCGCCUCUACUCUCUACGUGCUUCAUACAGUGCUGAGGAGUGUCGACAGAGAGGACUGUUUGCUUCUUCUUGAGAGAUCCAUAUACACCCGAGUCGUCUGCGUCAAUCUCAUGGCUUGCAUAAAGCACGAGGACAGCCUCGAGAUCAAUCACGUCUCUGCGCAGGUGUGUGCCGAUGCAAGCCUCGCGGAGAGCCUAGCGGGCGUUUUAGAGACGCCUCUAGAGGAAAAAUUCCGACUAUUAGACCCGGGCGUAACGUGGACAGGCUCGAUCGCUAAGGACUUCAAGGGAAGACAGCUGACGAUUCUGAAACUUUCAAAACUGACACCCAUGGUACAGGACCCCACUGUUGACUCCAGUGUCGAUAUUGACAACACCGUGAGUGCGCGCAUCAACCUACCCAUGAACUAUAACCAUCCCAGGCACUUCUAUCUGAAUAUACCAUAUGAGGACAUGGGAACGUCACCAAAUUCCCGAAAACAUAGUUUGGAAACGAAUGUUUCGCCGAUUGUUAAAGUCCCAACUAGCACAUCAGUGGCGAAAAAAAGUUUUACCAAUUAUAACAACAGUGACCCAACAGUGUGUUAUGCAAAUAUGUCAUCGCAACGUGAAUCUGAAGACACGUUGCAUGGCAAAAAGAGACACCCGCAAGUAAUCUUUACGAAUACCGUCGACAGCAAACAGUCCUCAACAUCACCGAUGUCUGAGUGUAUUCAGCGGCCGGGAAGUUAUGCAAAAGACUCAAAGAGUGGCGCUAAACAAACAAUCACAAUGGAACGCAACAUGCAAAAGAAUUUUGAUGAAAUUUGUAAGAAAUCGGACCAUGAGAAAUAUGUAGAUAUGCGCAAAUCAUGUAGUGAUUGCAACGGGAAUUGUGUUCAUGUAAGCAACGAAAACAGCUAUGUUAAACAGAUUUUCAGAAAUCCAGUUGCGUGUGAAAACCAAACAGAUUUAAAUGUACGUAAUAUCUCAAAUCUUUCGAGGCAGAACUCGGCGAACACUAACAACAGUUACGGCUCCGAUUGUUGUAAUAGCGAUGAAGAUAAAACCAUGAAUUCAGAGGAAAUAAUCAAUGGGAUUGGUGAGGAUGAUGUGUUUCGACGUGAAAUUGUAAGUGAAAAACAAAACGUUCAAGAUGGCGAGUUCGUUGACACCGACAUGUUAUGUGAUAGCUUUGAUAAAUGUAGUGCCAUCGGAGAUGAUAAGGGGGCAGUUCUUAAUGAAACGGUCUCUGAAAUGAUGCAAAGUUUUGGUGAUGGUAUUAAUGUAGAAUCGCCCGUUAACGUGACAGCAGAAACUGCAGGUAACUUGGGUGAAAAUCCAGUGUACCAAUCAGACAGUUUCAUAACGUAUGUAAAAGAGUACAUGUUUUCGCAAAAAGAAAACGGUACCGGUCUUGUUAAUUUAAAUGACUGUGAUAAGCCAACACGUUGCGAAAAUAAAAGAAAGUUUUACAGUUGCUUGAGCUAUACCAAAGUAGUACACGAAUCGUAUCACGAAGGAAAUGUAUCGCGCUUCGACAAGGAAGAACUCUCUGAUGAUUCCACAACGCAUCUGAAGACGCUGUUCACAUCUGCAACACAUGCUAAUGAAGAUAUAACCGAUCAGGUAGAAGAACAUGGUGAGGGAAUGGUAAACAAUUGUGAUAUCUCCGACAAAGAUGACAUUCCGAACUAUUUGGAUUUCAAUAAGUUUCUACAGAACAGCGAAGAAUCACCAACUAUGGGUGAUCUAGAAACCAGAAUGGACCAUCACGAAUGUUCUGCAGAUAGGUUUUCACCAAUAAACUACGCUUUGUUUGAUUGUUAUAGGAACAGAUUCACAAAUGAAAGAAAUGAGAGUUUUGAAAACGAUGAGAAUAGGUACGAGGACUUAAAACAGACCGACGAGUCAAACUAUGUUGGUUACCGGUCUGGUAGACAAAGGGAUAUGACAACACUAGCUGAAAUAUUUUCUCCAACACCAAGCGUUGUUGAACAAGAUAAAAGCAGUAUUGCUGAUGAAAAGGUGAGGCGAAAGCGAUUUCCUGGGCGAUACAAUACCCGGAAGACAGAGAAUACAACAAAAAGUGCACUUUGUCAAAUGUGUAGCAACGACAGCAUUAUAAACAGUGUUUUGACCGCUGUUGCAACCAACGUAGAGACGUCUUCUGCAAACAUAAUGGAACAAAAGAAACCAGUUUGUGCCCAGAAACCAAGCAAAUUGAAAAGAUCAAAACCAGUGCCCAGAAUAAGAUAUUCAAAAGUGAAGACUCAUUAA